GACACGCCUGUUGCGCCUUCCGUCGUUAGACGCGAGUGUGUCGGCGUACUUUGUGCGUCGUGACCGCGUCGUGCCGCGCUGUCGCAACGACAGUGUACACUCGUUCGACAUGGCCUACCAGACCGUCGUGCACUACGACUACCGCAGGGUAGCCAACGAAGACGACGACGCCAGGUCAUCGACGUUCAGUCCUACCGCUGUGCGAGCGUCUCGCAUGCCGUGGGACUUCGAGCGCGAGCCGGAGUCUAGUCGAGCCGACGCGGACCACCACGCUCGAUGCUACGCACCGUCUUUCGCGCCCGAUGAAAUCCUGCCCAGGGGCACGGUGACAGAGUCGACGCUACUGUUGCUGCUCAGUGUGAUCGACUUCGAAGGCACCUGGAAAUACCAGUUAGAUGCCACGGCCGUGGAGCAGGGGUUCUUCUACGAAAGUCCCCGUGCCCCUAUCACGGUGGGAGCGCUGAAGGAGACUGGGCGGUUUAGAGUGUUCGAUGCCAGCAAGAACCUCGGCGCCAUGGUGAUUGAGGUACCCUACCAAGGUCCCAGGGGCACCUUCAGUUUGCAUACGAAGGACAAAGAUCCCAAAGUUGCUAUGGUCCUCUUUAUUCCGGCGGACAUGGACGGCCUGAGUGAGCUGGAACGUGCACUCAACGUGGCGAACGUCAGCGAAAUAUUGUGCCAGCUCCAAGAAAUGGACAACAUCGAGCUCACUCUGCCACUCUUCCGCACCAAGCAGGUCAUCGACCUGAAGCAAACACUUUCCUCGCUUGGCUUCGAAGCGUGGUACACGGACCAACUGCAAUCUCUGAACCCGAGAGAGCCGGGCCCACCCGCCGUAAGCGCUGCUAUACACGCGGCCGCUUUCCGCGUCUGCACCAAAGGCGCCGCUGCUCAGAAGACCAAGUCGAAGAGGAAAGCUGUGCACCAUUUCUCCGUGGACCGGCCUUUCUUGUUCAUGGUGACGUGCAGCGACCCGGACGCAGUGCUUCUGCUGGGUUCGGUCAAGCACAUAAAUUGGUAGA